CAUGUUUCUGCAAAAAAAAAUCCACAAACUCCAUUGAUCAAACUUUUAAAGAUUUAGAGCAGUUUGAUCCUACAUUUGUUUCCGCUCGUCAAAAAAUGGCGUUUUCUUCUCCAUAUCCGCUCCAGAGAUCAGAUUCGAUCGCGGAGAAAAUGCCCGACGCGUUUAAGCAAAGUCGGUAUCAUAUGAAGAGAUGUUUUGCCAGCUUUGUCGGAGAAGGAAAGAGGUUGAUGAAGCGAGGGAAUCUGAUGAGCGAGAUAGAGAAAUCUGUAGAAGACGUUCGUGAACGAAGCAAGAUCCUGGAGGGACUGUUUGGUUACAUUCUUACAUGCACUCAGGAGGCGGCGGUGAUUCCUCCGUUUGUCGCGUUGGCGGCGAGGCCUAAUCCCGGUUUCUGGGAAUUUGUUAAAGUGAACUCUGCAGAUUUAUCGGUUGAUGAAAUCUCGGCGGCGGAAUACUUGAAGCUCAAGGAAUCCGUUUUCGACGAGAACUGGGCCAAGGACGAGAACGCGUUGGAAAUAGACUUUGGAGCGAUCGAUUUCACGACUCCUCGGCUGAGCCUUUCUUCUUCGAUCGGAAACGGAGCUGAUUACGUCUCGAGAUUCAUCUCUUCCAAGCUCGGCGACCAGCUCGAUAAGUCGAAGCCCUUGCUGAACUACUUGCUCGGCCUCAAUCAUCGCGGAGAGAGUCUGAUGAUCAGCGAAGAGCUAGACACGGUCCAGAAGCUUCAAAAAGCACUGAUUCUUGCUAUCAGUAUGGUUUCAACUUAUCCGAAACACACUCCAUACGAGGAUUUCUCGCAGAGGCUAAAGGAGAUGGGGUUCGAGAAAGGAUGGGGAGAUACAUCAGAGAGAGUGAAAGAAACUAUGGUCAUGCUCUCGGAAAUUCUCGAAGCUCCCGAUAACUCGAAGCUGGAAUCGCUCUUCAGCAGGCUCCCAACAGUGUUCAACGUUGUGAUAUUCUCGAUCCACGGGUACUUUGGACAGCAAGACGUGCUCGGAUUUCCCGACACUGGAGGACAGGUCGUGUACAUUCUUGAUCAAGUAAGAGCUCUAGAGGAAGAGCUUCUCCUUCAGAUUAGCCAACAGGGACUCGGAUUCAAGCCUCAGAUUCUUGUGGUUACGAGAUUGAUACCCGAAGCACGGGGAACAAAGUGUGACCAAGAGCUUGAAGCCAUUGAAGGAACUAAGUAUUCUCACAUUUUCCGGAUUCCUUUCGUGACGGAGAAAGGGAUUCUCCGGCAAUGGGUUUCCCGUUUCGAUAUCUACCCUUACCUGGAAAGAUUUUCUCAGGAUGCUACGAGCAAGAUCACGGAACGCCUACAGUGCAAACCCGAUCUCAUAAUCGGUAACUACACAGACGGGAACUUAGUGGCGUCUCUAAUGGCUGCAAAACUCGACGUCACUCAGGGAACGAUUGCUCAUGCACUGGAGAAGACAAAGUACGAGGAUUCGGAUGCGAAAUGGAAGGAGUUAGAUCCAAAGUACCAUUUCUCAUGCCAAUUCACAGCUGAUCUGAUCGCAAUGAACGCCUCCGACUUCAUCAUUACGAGUACUUACCAAGAAAUCGCCGGAAGCAAGGAAAGGCCGGGACAGUACGAGAGCCACACGGCCUUCACAAUGCCGAGCUUAUGCAGAGUGGUUUCAGGCAUUGAUGUGUUUGAUCCGAAGUUCAACAUAGCAGCUCCUGGUGCCGAUCAGUCUGUAUACUUCCCGUCCUCCCAGCAGCAAAAACGGCUCUCGGAGUUUCAUCCCGCUAUUCAAGAACUUCUCUACAACGAGAAAGACAACGACGAACACAUGGGAUAUCUAGCGGAAAAGGAGAAACCGAUCAUCUUCUCAAUGGCGAGGCUCGACACAGUGAAGAACAUAACGGGUCUGGUGGAAAUGUACGGGAAGAACCAGAGGCUCCGCGAGAUGGCAAACCUCGUGGUGGUCGCCGGAUUCUUCGACGUUUCGAGAUCCAACGACAGAGAAGAAAAGGCGGAGAUCAAGAAAAUGCACCACCUCGUCGAAAAGUACAAACUCAAAGGGCAGUUCAGAUGGAUCGCUGCACAGACCGAUAGAUACAGGAACGGGGAGCUGUACAGAUGCGUAGCCGAUACGAAGGGCGUUUUCGUACAACCCGCACUGUACGAAGCUUUCGGAUUAACGGUCAUCGAGGCGAUGAACUGCGGAUUACCGACGUUUGCGACUAACCAAGGCGGUCCGGCCGAGAUCAUUGUUGAUGGCAUCUCCGGUUUCCAUAUUGACCCUAACAAUGGCGACGAGUCCAGUGACAAGAUUGCAGAUUUCUUCAGCACAUGUCGUACCGAUGCUUCGUAUUGGGACAAGGUUUCGGAGGAUGGGUUGAAACGCAUAUACGAAUGCUAUACGUGGAAGAUCUACGCCAAGAAGCUACUGAAGAUGGGAAGUGUCUAUGGGUUCUGGAGAGUUGUGAACGAAGAGCAGAAGAAAGCGAAACGAAGAUACAUCGAACUGAUUUAUAAUCUCCAGUUCAGGCGAUUGGCCAAGAAAGUGACGAUCCCCGACGAGAAACCUCAGGCUUCGAGACUGUCAUCACUACGUAACUUGCUGCCCAAGAAACCAUUAUCAGUUAAGCAGAAGCAAACCAUAGAGACAGAAACACGAGAACUCGAACAGAAGAAACCAGAGAUGAAAGCCGAUCAAGAUUCUGUAGGGGAAAAGAGAAAGUCAACCGAGAAAGCAGAAACCCAGAUGAAAGAUGGAUUACUUGGAGCUGAAGAAACCGAAAAGCUAGGGAAAACUCUGGAAACUUCUGGAACAAGGCAGAAUCUAGAAGAGAUGCAGAUUGUGUACGGACAAAGGAGACAAGAAGGUUCUCCAGUUCGAAGUUUGGUUUGGUUGAUCGUAGCCUUCGUCUGGAUCUGCUUUGUCCUGAAGGAGAAGUUCUUCACUUCUUCAUUUCGAGAAGAUUAACUUCGCGAAAAAAAAAAGAUGGGAAAUUUAUCUCAAUCAAUUCUAAACGUAAAUAAAUUAAUAAAUUAAUACAUGUAUAUGAAUUAAUAAAUAUAUUUGU